AUGCAGCUGGACUCAGACCUGCUGUCCCUGUCCCCCUCCAGCCUGGACAGCAGCAGCAGCUGGAGAGCCAGUGGCCCAGAAGAAGAGGCUCCCCACCUCUGCCAGCAAAGGGAGCUCCCCCCAAGGCUGAGCCCUGGCCCAGCCAUCCCCACAACCCCAGGAAAGGCCCAAGGGCCUUUGCUGGAAACAGGUGACUUACCGCCGCAUGAAGCAAGCCAGCAAGUGACCCCAGCCAGGUCCAAGGCUGCCAGCAAGGCCUGGCUGAACAAACUGCACUAUUUCAGGAGAAGCGGAGUCCAGCACCUCUUCCUCCAAGGCGUAGCACCCAGCAGGGAAACACAGCAGCGGAAACCCGAGCCCAUCCCCAGUGGGAAGCUGAGCAUGGUGCACACCACCAUGGAGGAGAACUUCCUGGAGGGCACCUUGCAUUUCCUGAGCGAGUUCGUCUCUUGCCGGCACUGUCCCCCCAAAGAAAUCAUAUCCCACCUGAUCAGACAGAUCCUGUUGAAUCCCCACCAAGGGGAGAUCCUGAAGGACACCUACAUGCUGCUGAUGAAGAUUCAAAUGCUCCAUCCAGCCAACGCUGCCACAGUGGGAUGGGACUGGACGCUGCUGAAAUACAUCAUGGAGGACCAGGCUCAUACUAUCUCCAUGUGCCCUCAGGAGAAGCCCCCCGGCCGGCUCCUCUUCCUGCAGUACGUGGUGCAGACCCUGGAGGAUGACUUCCAGCAGAACCUGAGGUUGCGCCUACUGCAGAAGUCAAUUGCCAAGAAAGUGCUUUCGUGUGACAUGUGCUUCAACAAUGUCAAGGAGGUGGUCGAAUGGUUGGUGGCAGCUGUUACAGGAGUCGGGUUUGUCCAGCCCCGGGAGCAGCUGCAAGAAACAUCCUCUUCAGCAGAAGCAAGGGCCGAACACAGCUCAUCUGCACCAUGGCUGGCCAGCACUGACCAGGCAGAGGUGGCUCCACCAGCUUUCUUUGCCCAGAAGGUGAUGCUCCUGCUCCAGCGGAUGUUGUCCAUUGCAGUGGAAGUGGACAAAUCUCCCAACUGCAGCUCCUGUAAGAUCGCAGAUGUGAUAUUCCCGUUUAUACUGAAUAUUCCCCUGAGGAGCCAAAGGGAAGCUUUCUUAAACACCAUGCAGAGCCAGCUCCUGCGCUGCAAACUGCUGGAGCUGUUGUUCCAGCAUAGUUGUGAUGUGCCCACGACCUUGCCGUUGUCUCUGGCCAAGAUCCUGUAUUUCCUGAGCCACUCCUCUGUGCUGCUGCAAUACCAGGAUGGAACAACAGCAUGGCAAGGAUGGGAUGAGAUGCUGCAGUACUUGAGUUUGCUGCUGCUGAGUUACCAAAAUGUAAUACUAGAGCACUUGCGGAGUUCACUCAACGACCGGAUGGACUUGAUCAUUCAGAAAGCCAAGCCCAAGCUCCAGGAUGGCGAUGACAUCAGCCAUCUGGACAUUCAACUGAAGAUAGAGGACUUCAUCAGCCGAAUGCAGGAGGUCCUGGGGCAGCCUUUUCCCUUGCAGAUCAUGGAGAAAUUGUGCAUGCUUCGGGAGUUGUUCCUCAUUGUCACUGCUACCUGA